AUUCUGACCUUCAUACAGGUUGCUAAGUUCGAAUUCUCUGCGCAGUCAUGACUUCAACGGUAGAAAGGCCGAUAUGGGAUGAUGUAGACGAAGCUAUGGUGGAUGAAGUUAUGCGCAUGUCAACUGAAGAGUUAACAAGUAGAGCAAGACUGCUUGAUUCCGAAAUUCGUUUUAUGCAAUCUGAGUUAAAACACGUCAAUCAUGAAAUAAACACGAAACAAACAAAAGUUAAGGACAGUAAAAGUAAAAUAAAAAUGAACAAGGCACUCCCUUACUUAGUAGCAACCGUCGUUGAAUUGCUAGAUGUGGAGCCUCAGGAAGAUGAGAUAGAGGAGGGAGCAAACGUUGAUCUUGAUUCUCAGCGUAAGGGAAAAUGUGCAGUUAUAAAGACAAGUACUAGACAAACAUACUUCCUACCGGUCAUUGGUCUUGUACCCCCCGAAGAUUUAAAACCUGGAGACUUAGUUGGAGUACAUAAAGACUCAUACUUGAUCCUUGAAAAACUUCCGCCGGAAUUCGACUCUCGAGUAAAGGCUAUGGAAGUUGAUGAACGUCCAACCGAGAGAUAUAGUGAUAUUGGUGGGCUUGAUAAACAGAUACAGGAAUUGAUUGAAGCCGUUGUCCUUCCUAUGACGCAUCGUGAUCGUUUCGAGGCACUUGGUAUUCAGCCACCAAAAGGAGUCUUAUUGUAUGGUCCACCAGGUACAGGGAAAACACUGCUGGCCCGUGCAUGUGCAGCUCAGACCAAAUCCACUUUUCUUAAACUUGCUGGUCCUCAGUUAGUGCAAAUGUUUAUUGGAGAUGGAGCUAAACUGGUCAGGGAUGCCUUCCAAUUAGCUAAAGAAAAAGCUCCAGCAAUUAUUUUCAUCGAUGAACUCGACGCUAUCGGAACGAAGCGUUUCAAUAGUGAGAAAGCUGGCGAUCGUGAAGUACAGCGAACAAUGUUGGAACUUCUCAAUCAACUGGAUGGUUUCCAACCAAACCAUGACAUCAAGGUGAUUGCGGCUACAAAUAGAGUAGAUAUAUUAGACCCAGCGCUGUUACGAAGUGGUAGAGUUGAUCGGAAAAUAGAAUUUCCUGCACCAAACGAAGAAGCACGUGCCCGCAUUAUGCAGAUUCACUCUCGGAAGAUGAAUGUACAAAAAGAUGUCAAUUUUGAGGAGCUAGCUCGCUGUACAGAUGACUUUAAUGGAGCUCAGUGCAAAGCUGUAUGUGUGGAAGCAGGUAUGAUUGCGUUGCGUCGAAGUGCGUCAGAAGUAACACAUGAAGAUUACAUGGAUGCCAUUUUGGAAGUUCAAGCUAAGAAGCGCACUAAUCUAAAUUACUAUGCCUAACUACCAUUAGAUUAUUGACAGCGUGCUUUUUUAUAUUAAAAUCACAGAUGGUUUUAAAGUAUACUGACUGGUGUACCGUCAUCACAGUACUUUGUGUUACGAGCAGCUGUUCGUGAUCCUCCGUUAUUUGUUAAAAUAUACCUUGUAUUUAUUUCACUUCAGGACGAUAUGGUGUUCUAUUUAUCAACCUCAUUGAUGCUGUUCAAUUGUUUUUCUUUGUUUUAUCAUCACUUAGUGUGAUAA